AUGAUGGCUCCCGCUGCUACUGCUGCUGCCUCCGGUGCGAAGGCCGGCGCUAUCGACGCCGCUUCGCUCUUCGCUGCCGACAAGGCCGCCGCCACUGAGGCUCAGGUCGCCCUUGCCGCCACCGCCAAGAAGGAUGGUGUCGCCGCCCUUGCUGGUCUCUCCGACGCUGUCGUGAAAGCCCUCGGCGACAAGAAGAACGCUGCCGUUCGUGAGGCCGCUGCUUCGUCCAUCUCGACCCUUUGCGAGAACGGCGCCGGCAUCUACCUCGAGCCUUACGUUGUCUCGUCCGCCCCCGGCACCGUCUUCCCGGCCCUCACCGAGGCCUUUGCCGACAAGGACAAGACUGUCCAGAAGGCUGCCGUUGACGCUGUUAAGGCUAUUGUUCAGACCAUGAACCCUUGGGGUACCGCUGUUAUCCUUCCCACUCUCCUCAAGAACAUCACUGAGCACGGCAAGUGGCAGGUCAAGCUCGGCUGCCUGGAGGUCCUCCAGCAGCUCGUUGUCUCGGCCCCCGUCCAGAUGGCCGCCGCCACCCCCGAGCUCAUCCCCGUUCUUUCUGCUGCCGUCUGGGACACCAAGUCCGACGUUAAGAAGGCCGCCAAGGCCACCCUUAACAAGUCGACCGCGCUUGUCGAGAACAAGGAUAUCGAGAAGCUCGUUCCCGAGAUCGUCAAGACUCUGAUCGAGCCCGAGCUGGUCCCCAAGACCCUCACUCUCCUUUCUGCUACCACUUUCGUUGCUGAGGUCACUUCCCCUACCAUCUCGCUUAUCGCUCCCCUCCUCACCCGUGGUCUUGACGAGCGUCUUACCGCCACCAAGCGUCGUGUUGCCGUCAUUACCGACAACAUGUCCAAGCUCGUCAACUCCGAGUACACCGUCCGCCCCUUCCUUCCCCAGCUCCUGCCCCGUCUGAUCAAGACCCAGGAGACCAUUGGUGACCCCGAGGCCCGCUCGGUCUGUACCCGUGCCAUUGCCACCCUCCGUCGCAUUGGUAAGGUCCCCGAGAACUCGGACGGUACCGACCUCCCCCCUCUCCGUAUCGCCGAGGGCCCCGCUCUUGCCAAGGACCUCGCCGACGCCGUUGUCGCCGCCAAGGGCCCCAAGCUCGACACCGCCAACCCCGCUGUCGCCUACGCUGGUGUUCUCGCCGCUGGUCUCACCAACGCCCACACCUACGACCAGGCCACCUGGGAGGCUGCUGUCCCCAAGUACCUUGAGCUCGCUGUCCAGAGCGACGCCAUUGCUCCUGCCGUCCGUGAGGUCCUCCAGAAGAAGGCCGACGAGGAGUCCACCGACGACAUCAAGUUCGACGACGAGGAGGAGGGCGAGGACCUGUGUAACAUUGACCAGUUCAACCUUGCCUACGGUGCCAAGAUCCUGCUCCACCACGCCAACCUUCGUCUCAAGCGUGGCCACCGCUACGGUCUCCUUGGCCGUAACGGUACCGGCAAGUCGACGCUCAUGAACGCCAUUGUCAACAACCAGGUCGAGGGCUUCCCCGACCCCUCGCAGGUCCGUACCUUCUACGUCCAGCACGACAUCGACGGCUCCGAGGAGACCAUCUCCAUCUUCGACUGGGUUGUUUCCGACAAGCGUCUUCUUCCCGGUGUCGGCGACGCCGAGCGUGAGGCCGAGAUCAAGACCACUCUCGAGUCGGUCGGCUUCGACGCUGAGAAGCAGAAGGACUCUAUCGGUUCGCUCUCUGGUGGCUGGAAGAUGAAGCUCGCCCUUGCGCGUGCCAUGCUCUUCAAGGCCGACAUUCUCCUCCUCGACGAGCCUACCAACCACCUUGACGUCGUCAACAUCACCUGGCUCAUCGACUACCUUACGUCGCUCACCACCUGCACGUCCAUCAUGGUCUCGCACGACUCGGACUUCCUUAACCGCACCAUCACCGACGUCCUCCACCUCAACAACUUCAAGCUCAAGCGUUACCCCGGUAACCUCACCAAGUUCGUUGACAUGGUUCCUGAGGCCCGCUCGUACUUCGCCCUCGACACUGCCGAGGACUACAAGUUCAAGCUCCCCGACCCUCCUCUUCUUGACGGUGUCAAGACCAAGGAGAAGUCGCUCCUCAAGAUGCGUGACGUCUCGUUCCAGUACCCCGGCUCUGCCAAGCAGCAGCUGUACAACAUCAACCUCCAGGUCUCGCUUUCGUCGCGUGUCGCCAUUCUCGGUCCCAACGGAUCGGGUAAGUCGACCCUCGUCAAGCUUCUUACCGGCGAGACCGAGCCCAACGUUGGCGGUACCGUCUGGAAGCACCCUAACCUUGUCAUCGGUUACGUCGCCCAGCACGCCUUCCACCACAUCGACCAGCACCUCGACUCGACUCCUCUCGAGUACAUGCUCUGGCGUUACCAGACCGGAGAGGACCUUGAGGAGCUCAACAAGGCCACUCGUGUCAUGACCGAGGAGGAGAAGGCCAAGAUGGCCCAGGGUGCCACCGUCGUCAAGGAGGGUGUCAAGCGCACCAUCGACGAGCUCGUCGCCCGUAAGAAGCUCAAGCAGUCUUACGAGUACGAGGUCUCGUUCAAGGGUCUCUCGUCCGCCGAGAAUAUUUGGAUGUCCCGUGACGAGCUUAUCUCGCGUGGCUUCGAGAAGAAGGUCCUCGAGAUCGACACCAAGGAGGCCCAGCGUCUUGGUCUCAUGCGCCCUCUCGUUCGUCGCGAGAUCGAGAAGCACUUUGCCGACUUCGGUCUCGAGCCCGAGUUCGUCUCGCACAACUCCAUGCGUGGGCUCAGUGGGGGUCAAAAAAUCGUUCUUGGUGCUGCUACCUGGCGUCGUCCCCACGUCAUCUGUCUCGACGAGCCUACCAACUACCUUGACCGCGAGUCUCUUGCCGCUCUCAUCGCCGCCCUCAAGGACUUCGAGGGUGGUGUGCUUGUGAUUACGCACAACCGCGAGUUCUCCGAGAACGUUUGUUCCGAGGUCUGGGCCAUCGCCGACGGUCGUCUCUCCGCCUCCGGCCACAACUGGGUUGAGGGCCAGGGCUCAGGUCCCCGUAUUGACAAGAACGAGGGCACGAUCGGCGAGGAGGAGGUCCAGUAUGACGCUCUCGGAAACCCUAUUAAGGUCGCCGCGAAGAAAAAGAAGAUGACUUCGGCCGAUGCGCGCAAGAAAAAGAAGGAACGUAUGGCCCGUAGAAAGCGUGGGGAGGAGGUCUUCUCUGAUGAGGACGACCUCUAA